GCAACAAGGAACCGAGCUGUCCUACGACUUUGGUCUCGCCGGUAGCCAAUAAUUCGGGGCAUUUUACGCCAGCUGCGACAUCCAAAUGUGAGCCCUGUCUUGCUCUCGCGCAUCACAGGGACCGAGUCGCAGCGCCUUCUUUCUUUUCCCACACUCCAGCUUACCUUUACCCAUCGACCGAUUCACUUACUCCUGAGUGGCCCGCGUUGUGCUCGUACUUGUAUCGUCGAUGGAGCGCUCCUCCUUCUUGGGGUUUGCCGCCUAGUUUUUGAACAUCCCAUCUUUGUACCAGUAGCUCGCAUGCGGAAAAUCGUAUGUUUGCAAGCACCCCGCUGGAUUCGACCUUUGACAUCCAGAACUUCACGGCGCAUAAUAUGAUGACGUCAGGGGAAGUCGCUUCCAAUUCGACGAAUCCGGGCUCGGGCUCAAGGUCGAUAGAUGAGGCGUUUGCAGCCUUCACCCCAAUCCCAAGUGUCCUCCUUGACGCAGCCUUCCGCAUCAUCCAAGUCUCUGCCAGCUUUCUGGCGCUCAACCAUCUAACUUUAGACGAAUGCCUCGGAUCCAACGUCUAUGACCUCGUCAGAUCGAGGACCCUGGUCCCCGGCCCGACAGCGCUGCGGCUCGUUGUCGACAGCGCAAUCGCCGCAAGAAAUGUUUACGCAACCUCAGAGCAGCAGGCUACGGGACGAUGCCAUGCAAAUCUUCGAGCUGUCCCGAUUUUUGAGGGAAAUGAACUGCUGUACGUGCUGCUGGAAGUCCAGGAUACAACAGCAGAGCAUGAAUCACGCUGUGCAGUUAACGACCAGCUAGACAGAAACGACACAUACCGUGUCCUCGUCGAUACGGUCAAAGAUUAUGCCAUUUUCAUGCUGGAUACCCAAGGGAAUGUCAGAACCUGGAACUCGGGCGCUCAGUUAUUGAAAGGCUACAAACCGGAGGAGAUCAUUGGCAAGCACUUCUCCGUCUUCUAUGGCGAGGACGACAUCAUUUUCGAGAAGCCGAGGAAGGAGUUAGAGAUCUGCUUGCGAGACGGAAAAGUCGAAGAUGAAGGGUGGCGGUAUAAGAAAGAUGGCAGCAAAUUCUGGGCUAACGUUACGAUCACGUGCGUCACCCGAAAUGGGGUUCAUAUCGGCUUUUCAAAGGUCACAAGAGAUCUCACGGAACGAAAAGCAGCUGAAUCGCAAGUUGUUGCCGCGUAUGAAGAAUCAGCAAAGCUUAAGUCUGCCUUCCUUGCGAAUACGUCACAUGAAAUUCGAACGCCCUUGCACGGAAUGCUCAGCGCCCUAACCCUGCUCAUGGAUACUUCGCUCACUCCAGAACAACGAGAGCUCGGGACCAUGAUGGAAGAGUCCGGCUCCAUUCUUCUGCAAGUGAUCAAUGAUAUCUUGGACUACUCGAAGCUCUCCUCUGGAAUUUUCUCUAUUUCAUCUGAUACAGCGGUUUCUAUUCCGAACUUAAUCACCUCCAUCGUGCGUUCCAUUCAGACAACUGUAAAGCCUGGAGUCAGCCUAGCAACUUCUCUUGACCUCAAUCUUCCGACGACUGCAUUCGGUGAUCCCUUGCGGUAUCGGCAAGUCGUUCAGAAUCUUAUUACCAAUGCGGUAAAAUUCACAGAGUCCGGCUCAAUUGAUGUCCAUGCGUCUCUCGUGGAGGAGGAUGAAACAUCCUUCACUAUUCGGACGGAAAUCACUGAUACCGGAAUUGGUAUCGAGGAUAUCGCUAUCGGAAGUCUCUUUAAUCCAUUCACGCAAUUUGACACUUCUGCUACUAAGCGAUAUAAGGGAACUGGACUGGGUCUGUCAAUUUGCAAGAGCUUGGCAGAGCUGAUGGGAGGAGCCAUCGGUUUUCACCCAAACCCCAAGGAGCAAGGAAGCGUCUUUUGGUUCACCGCUAAGCUGGGAAAGAUCAAUACAUUGAAUCGAGUGGACCGGCUGUCAGCGAAAUUUGAAGCUUCCGUAUUGUCCCCAGCCCCAGAUUCUUUGGAGCUCGUCAGAGAGCUAGCACCCGGAAAGCGAGUUCUUCUUGCAGAAGACAACUUUAUUAAUCAAAAAGUCAUGCUGAUGAUGCUCAAGGGUUUAGGAUUCGCCAAUGUCGAUAUAGCGAUGAAUGGAGCCGAGGCGGUGGAUCGAGCCAAACGAAAGCCUUUGUUCUACGAUCUCAUUCUAAUGGAUAUUAGCAUGCCGGUCCUGGAUGGAGUCGGCGCAGCCAUUCAGAUCCGGGAAGCAGGAAUUGACGUGCCGAUUAUUGCUAUGACUGCGAAUGCAUUGAAGGAAGAUGUAGCUAGCUAUCUGGCGCAGGGUAUGAACGACUACGUGCCCAAACCUGUCGACCGACAAAUAUUACUGAAGGCUUUCUUGAGAUGGUUGAGGUAGCAAAAGCUAUAUUUUCAACGUUUUGGGAAGAGCGAGAGAGCGUAGGGUCUUCGAAAUGCUAGAUCUGGAAAGCGAGCCUUACGGAGAGGGCGUUUUUUUCUUCUCCUGAUACACCAAGAUUUUUGGAAAGGUUUUUGGGAUGCCCCGCCAGCGAUGGAGUAGAACGCUAGAAGGGAAACGGGUCGCUUACCCGGAUACACGUAUAAAGAUGAAGUCUGGGUUCAGGAGUUAGGUGUGGAGCAGUAGGUAUACAAUAAUAGGAGCAUAAUUUCUUUCAGCCAUCGGAACCAGUUUGCCAAACCUUCCAAG